AUGAGGUCAACGCGGGGGUUGCCCACCGGAUGGGCAGCUCUACUGUGUCUGCUAGCAGCUUUGGCCUGCUUGCUUCAUCCGUCUGCAUCCGUCAAGGAACACGACUUCAAAAAGUGUGACCAGUCUGGGUUUUGCAAACGAAACCGCGCCUAUGCCGACAACGCUGCCGCUCACAGCUCGACCUGGAGCUCUCCCUACGAAGUUCUUCCAGAAACCGCAAUAUUCAAAGAUGGCCAGUGGCAAGCUGUUAUUAUCAAGACUAUCAGCAAUGGCGAGAAGGCCGCCCUGCCUAUUACGGUGUCACUUCUGAAAAGCGGUGUCGCCCGCGUCUCGAUCGAUGAGGAAAAGCGACAAAAGAAGGACGUUGAGCUUCGACAUAAUAGUAAAGCCCGAAAGGAACGUUAUAAUGAGGCUGAAAACUGGGUCAUUGUCGGUGGACUGGAGCUUGACAAGCGGGCGCAGGUCGCCUUCCAGGACAAGUCUCAAGUCAAUAUCAAGUACGGCGGUGACGAUAACUUUGAAGUUGACAUUAAGUUUUCGCCGUUUGAAGUUGAGUUCAAACGCGACGGGGAAAGCCACAUCAGAUUUAACGACCGUGGGCUAUUCAACAUGGAGCAUUGGCGACCAAAGAUCGAGAGGGAGAAGCCCGAGGGCGAUGAGAGCAAGGCAGGUGACAACGCUCAGACUGAGAGUGGCGAGGACGAGAGCACCUGGUGGGAUGAGACCUUCGGUGGCAACACUGACUCUAAACCCCGUGGACCAGAGAGUGUGGCCAUGGAUAUCUCCUUUGUUGGGUAUGAACAAGUCUUUGGCAUUCCCGAACACACCGGCUCAAUUUCUCUCAAACAGACCCGUGGCGGCGAUGGGAAUCAUCAUGAGCCUUAUCGCCUGUACAACACCGAUGUGUUUGAGUAUAUCCUUGAUAGUCCCAUGACCCUCUAUGGCGCGAUUCCGUUUAUGCAGGCUCACCGGCGAGAUUCGUCUGUCGGUGUCUUUUGGCUUAAUGCUGCUGAGACUUGGGUUGACAUUGUCAAGGCCCAGGACAACAAGAAUCCCCUUAGCUUGAGCAAGGGUGCCAAGAUUAGCACACAUACCCAUUGGAUCUCCGAGGCUGGUAUCCUGGAUGCUUUCGUCUUCUUGGGUCCAACCCCCCGUGAUCUCACCAAGAAGUAUGGCGAACUUACAGGGUACACUGCCAUGCCCCAGGAGUUCUCAGUCGGCUAUCACCAGUGUCGGUGGAACUAUAUUUCGGAUGAUGAUGUCAAGGACGUUGAUCGACGGAUGGACAAGUACAAAAUCCCCUACGAUGUUAUUUGGCUUGACAUUGAGUACACAGAAGAAAAGAAGUACUUUACAUGGGACCCUCAUUCUUUUGGUGAUCCCACGGGUAUGGGACAGCAGCUGGAUGCACACGGCCGCAAGCUUGUGGUUAUCAUCGACCCUCAUAUUAAAAAGGUGGACAACUAUGCUGUAAGCUCGGAGAUGCUCUCCAACGACUUUGCGGUUCACAACAAGGAUGAUGAAGUUUACGAGGGUUGGUGCUGGCCCGGCUCGUCCAACUGGAUAGACUGCUUUGACCCCAAGGCCAAUGAGUGGUGGAAGAGCUUGUUCAGGUAUGAUUCGUUCAAGGGAACAUUGGAGAACACUUUCCUCUGGAACGAUAUGAAUGAGCCGUCAGUCUUCAACGGCCCCGAGACUACCAUGCCCAAAGACAACAUUCAUUUUGGCAACUGGGAGCACCGUGAUGUCCACAAUUUGAACGGCCUCACAUUCCAUAAUGCUUCCUGGGAAGCCAUGGUCAGUCGCAAAAAAGGGGAGAAACGCCGCCCGUUUAUCCUCACGCGUUCCUUCUACGCUGGCUCUCAGCGACUCGGCGCCAUGUGGACCGGAGACAACCAAGCCAACUGGGAGCAUCUUGCCGCCUCAAUCCCCAUGGUUCUCAAUCAGGGUAUCUCUGGAUUCCCCUUUGCUGGCGCUGAUGUUGGAGGCUUCUUUGGCAACCCCGACAAGGACCUGAUGGCACGGUGGUACCAAGCCGGCAUCUUUUACCCCUUUAUGCGAGCACACGCUCACAUUGAUUCGCGCCGCCGCGAACCAUACAUGCUCGGCGAGCCAUACACGGAGAUUCUUACAAAGACUCUCCGCCUUCGUUACUCAUUGCUUCCUUCGUGGUACACGGCCUUUUUUCACGCCAACCGUGACGGAAGCCCCAUUGUUCGCCCCAUGGUUUGGACUCACCCAUCCGAAGAGAGUGGCUUUGCCAUUGACGACCAGCUCUUCCUUGGAACGACGGGUCUACUGGCCAAGCCUAUUGUCGAGAAGGACAAAUUCUCAACCGACAUUUGGAUUCCCGAUGACGAGAUCUACUUUGACUACACUACUUACCAGAUUUACAAGACCCAGAAAAACAAGCGCGUCACCGUGGACGCUGCCAUUGAUUCUGUCCCCUUGCUCAUGCGCGGAGGCCACAUCUUCCCUCGUCGCGAUAUCCCUCGUCGGUCAAGCGCAGCCAUGCGCUCCGACGACUACACCCUGGUUGUGACUGUUUCCAAGGAUGGUUCCGCCGAGGGAGACCUGUAUGCAGAUGAUGGCGAUACGUUUGACCAUGAAAAGGGACAAUACAUUUACCGCAAAUUCAGGCUUGCUAACGGCACGCUCUCAUCUGCCGAAGGAGACGGUGGCCGUGCCAAAUCAGGGAAAGCUGGCAGUUGGCUGAAGGCGAUGGGCGAGGUUCGUGUCGAUCGCAUUGUUAUUGUCGGGGCCCCUGCCAGCUUGAAUAUUAAGGAGGUGCAGAUUUCCUCCGAGGGCAAGACGUGGGCAGUCAAGGUUGAGUAUCACGGUGCUGAGAAGGGGAGAGCUGCGUUUGCCUCGCUUGGUCGGGUGGGUGCCAGGAUUGGCGAGGACUGGAGCAUGAAACUCUAA